CUUUACUUCCUUGUUUCGCUUCGGAUAAAACUUUAAAGUAAGGAUUAGGAUUGCAGUUCACUAGUCACUAGAUUACACCCGCACUCACCGUGCAAGUUGUAAGGCUGUAUAAACACGUGAACAGGUAGUGUUGUAGAAUGUCGACAAGCGUUCAGUGCAUGGAUCUACCCGACAUUUAUGUGUUCUGACGCGCUAACGUACCAUUCUAUUGCAGUGACUAACGAUGGAGGACAAGCACCGGAAUAUCCUGCGUGUGAACCGCACAAAGCUGAUGGGGGAGAUGUAUGAUGUCGAGAGCAUCAUGGACAGGCUGAUGGAGAAGGGGACGUUCUCCAAUGCUAUUAAAGACAAAAUACUUUAUGCAGGCAACCCGACUGAGGUGAAAAGAGAACUGCUAGACUGUUUGCCACGAAGGGGUCCGACAGCAUUCGAAGAGUUUUACCAAGCCCUCAUCGAGUCGCACAUGGGACACAUGGCUGAUAUUCUGAAACCAGAAGAAUCUAAAGCACGGAUAGCACGGGAACAAAAACGGCUCCAAGCCCAUCGUCCAGUCCAGGAGUCCCACCUUAGUAUGGAGGCGACAUAUCACCCAGACGACCAACUCGACGACGACCUCCCGGCUGGAUGGCCUGACGAGAAUUACAACCCCCUGGUGGUCAAUGUUCAAGAGGUCAAGGAAGAUGUAAACAUGAAGAACAAUUUUAGGAAGUCGUCCGAGCCCAGGAGUACUGUGUACAGUAUGCAGAGGAACCCGAGAGGCAUGGUUUUGAUUAUCAGCAAUGAAGACUUCUCACAAGCCAGAGCGAAUAAGGAAAAACUGGAUGACCGGAAAGGAUCAGAAACUGACACCACAUCUUUGGAUGUGUUAUUUAAACAGAUGCAUUUCCAAACUAUCAUUUAUAAGAAUGAAACAAAAGAAGGGAUCCUGAAGGCAGUGAGGAAGGUACGGGACACCAUGCAGCAAGGCCAGCAGGAGUGUUUCAUCUGCUUCCUCUUGUCCCACGGCUCGGGCGGGGGAGUGUACGGCGUCGAUGGACAAGUGGCAGACAUCAUGGAAAUCACGACGCUCUUCGACAACGAGAACUGCAAACAACUAGCAGGAAAACCCAAGCUGUUUUUUAUCCAGGCAUGUCGGGGAAACAAGUGUGACAUGGGCGUGGCCCUCCCCCCCGACCAGCAGGAGGACCCAGCACACGGCGACAUCAGACUGAGAGAACAGAACAAAAACAUGGAGGGCGUGGUGAAGUCCUUGAAGGGUGUGGCGAUUUCCCAGCCCAGUGAUACCGUGGCAGACGCAUGCUCAGAGACAAGGGUGCCCAAAGGAGCGGAUGUCUUUGUGGCAUUUGCAACUACCCCAGAGUACAUGUCGUACCGCAACACGCGGCGAGGGACAUGGUUUGUCCAGGCCAUCACCUACAUCUUCCAGCGCUUCGCCUACCGGAAGGACCUGUCCGACAUGAUGACUAAGGUUAAUCUCCUGGUUACCCGUGGCAACGUGAUGCAAGUGUCUCAGUGUGUGACGACGUUGCGGAAAUCCCUCUACUUCUUCCCUGGACUCUGCAGGAGCGACGACGACAUCGGCAACCCAGUGCAGGCCUCCGACUGAUGUUGAUGUUCAUUGUCUUCAAUAUACACUUGAAUCCAGUUUAAACCUGGGUUGUGUCAAGUGUGUUAGCUCACCUGAAUAAAAGUCAAAUUGGCGUGUGUUAUGGCCUGGUUGUAGUCAGUCGUGUGUAAACACCUUCUCAUGUCAUUGUAUCCCAAAUGUGCGGAUCAAUGCUAAUGAUGUCAAGCACUGAAUUGUCUGGUCCAGAUUUGAUUAAUUACAGACCACCAUCAUGUUGCUGGAAUAUUGCUGAUUGCAGCAUUAAGCAACAAACAAACAAACAAACGAAUCUGUUUUCAUAUGACUGCCCUCUACUGCUGUUUGUGUUUAUAAUCCAAACACUUUUAUCCAUUUUUUAAAAAUUGUUUUCUAAUUCUUUGGAAGUGACUGUUAGUUAGCAGUAUUAGUUUUUAGUGGAAAGUGAAUGAGUGAGUUUGGUUUUACGCCACUUUAAGCAAUAUUCCAGCAAUAUCAUGGCGGGGAACACCAGAAGUUGGCUACACACAUUGUACCCAUUGAAUCGAACCCGGGUCUUCGACGUGACGAACGAAUGCUUUAACCACUAGGCUACCCGACCGCCCCUUUUAGUGGAAAGAGAUGGAAAUAAUUGUUAAGUAAACAACUUGAUCUCAUGAGGCAUCUAUAAUGUAAAACAGUACAAGUUGAUUUAACUGUUGAUCUGAGAAUGUUAUCUAGUAUAACACAAUUCUCAUUGUGACAGAAACAUUGAUGAAAUUAGGUACUCCUCACAUAUCUGUCAUUUGAUGCCAAUAUAUAUGAAGAAAUGAAUCAAACCUGUUGAUAAGUGUCUGUAUUAGGGCUGGGACGAGACCAAAUUUACUAGGGGGAACCCACACCCCUAUUACCCACCCUACCGGGUACCCGCUGUAGAAAUCAAGAGAUAGGUACAAACUGUCCGAUUGGGAAAAGUUUGACCGUAGCCCUGGCAAAAUGUAUUUAGAUACUCGUAUUAAACGAUCUGGUCAUGCAUACACUGAAGUUGACUGGACGAUGUUUUAUCUUUGUUUAAACAUAUUAUAGGGAGUAUAUAUACUACAUUAUAGGGAAUCAGUAUUUGUCUCAUAUCACCAAGCAACAGUUAUAUAUUUCAAACAGUAUUGAUAGUUCACAGUGUAUAUAUAUCGGUGUAUGUACCAGUGUAUAUAUCAGAGUUCCAGUGUAUACAGGUGUACCACUGUUGACACUUUGAUAUGUUACAAAAAUAGAAUAAAAGAAAUACAAAGUG